AUGACAGCACUGAUCCAGCCAAUUACACGUUCAACUCUGCGAAUUGAACUCACAAUCACACCGGAUUUUCAGUGGGAGGAACGCCUACCGAAAUUGGACAUGACAGCACUGAUCCAGCCAAUUACACGUUCAACGUUGCGAAUUGAACUCACAAUCACACCGGAUUUUCAGUGGGAGGAACGCGUCCAUGGCACAGCCGAAGGAUUUUGGAUUUUUGUGGAAGAUGUCGAUGGGGAGCUGAUUUUGCACCACGAAUAUUUCCUCUUAAAACAGAAAUUUUGUGAGGAUGAGCAUCUGGUGAAGAUGUUCGUGCCCGUAUUCGAUCCUCUUCCCCCGCUCUAUUUCAUACGAAUUGUAUCUGAUCGUUGGCUGGGCAGUGAAACAAUUCUACCAAUAUCAUUUCGGCAUCUAAUUUUACCGGAGAAAUAUCCACCACCAACGGAAUUACUCGAUUUGCAACCUCUGCCACUUUCGGCGCUGAACAACAAAACCUUCCAAUCAGUUUUCAUGCAAAAAAAUAUAUCAGUCUUCAAUCCUAUCCAAACACAAGUUUUCCGAACUGUCUACGAAGGCAACGAUAAUGUAUUCAUUGGUGCACCACAUGGAAGCGGUACAGCCGAAGGAUUUUGGAUUUUUGUGGAAGAUGUCGAUGGGGAGCUGAUUUUGCAUCACGAAUAUUUCCUCUUAAAACAGAAAUUUUGUGAGGAUGAGCAUCUGGUGAAAAUGUUCGUGCCCGUAUUCGAUCCUCUUCCCCCACUCUAUUUCAUACGAAUUGUAUCUGAUCGUUGGCUGGGCAGUGAAACAAUUCUACCAAUAUCAUUUCGGCACUUAAUUUUACCGGAGAAAUAUCCGCCACCAACGGAGUUACUCGAUUUGCAACCUCUGCCACUUUCGGCGCUGAACAACAAGACAUUCCAGUCAGUUUUCAUGCAAAAAAAUAUAUCAGUCUUCAAUCCUAUCCAAACACAAGUUUUCCGAACUGUCUACGAAGGCAACGAUAAUGUAUUCAUUGGUGCACCACAUGGAAGCGGUAAAACAGUUUGUGCGGAAUUCGCAAUUCUCCGUCAUUUUGACAAUAGCCCCGAGGCAAAAGCUGUAUACGUAACACCAAUGGAGGAUUUGGCCGAGAAAGUAAGCAAUUUGUGCAUUGAAAUAACGCGGUUGCCAGUGAUUGGCAAGAAAGAAUUGGAGGUGCCUUGGAUCGAACGGUAG